UUAAAGGCUCCGCUUCCUCUUCUCUUCCUCUCCUGCAUCACCCACCACCUCUCCCCCCUCUCUCUCUCUCUCUCUCUCUCUCUGCCCUUCCCACACUUCAAUCUCAAUUCCUCACUUCUCUCCCUCUCCCUCUCCCUCUGCCCAGUUCCUCACUUCUCUCUCUCUCUCUCUCUCUCUGUUUCUCUCUCUGUGUGUGCAUCCCUCUGCCUCUGCAAAUGGACUCUGCCGCCGCCAUGGCCACCGGAAUGGCUUCCUCCUCCUACGUGUCCUUCCCUCCCCACCCCAGCCCUAACCCUAGCGCCAAAUCCCUCCCCCAACGCCUUCUCCCUCGCGUCCCGCAAAAUCAAGAGGCGCCUCGUCUCCAGACCCCCCCUUUGCGUCCAGUCCCUGAAUCCCGACGCCGACAGGACCCCCGCUUCCUCCUUCUCCUGCUCCGCCGUCGCCUUCUCGCCCUCGCACACCGCCGACCUCGUGCCCUGCAAGCUCCAGUCCCUGGUCUCCGAGUUCCGGUCCCUGUCGGAGCCGAUUGAUAGAGUGAAGCGGUUGCUGCACUACGCCACCCUCCUUCCGAAGCUCCCCGACACGGCCCGGGUGGACUCCAACCGAGUCAUGGGCUGUACCGCUCAGGUGUGGUUGGAGGUGAAUAUGGAAGAAGACGGUAGAAUGAGAUUUGCGGCUGAUAGUGAUUCCGAGAUCACGAGAGGAUUUUGCUCGUGUUUGAUCUCAUUAUUAGAUGGGGCAGCAGCUGAGGAGGUUUUGAAGGUGAAAACGGAGGAUUUGGCAGCACUGAAUGUAGGGAUCAUAGGGGCUGGACGCUCCCGUGUUAAUACGUGGCAUAAUGUGCUGAUUAGCAUGCACAAGAGGACUAAGGCCUUAAUUGCAGAGCGGGAGGGGAAGGCACCAUUCGAUCCAUUCCCAUCUUUGGUCGUGAAUGCAGACGGUAUUCAAGCAAAGGGAAGCUAUGCUGAAGCUCAGGCAAGAUAUUUGUCUCCUGAUGAGUUUAAGGUGAAAGAACUUGUCAAUGUGCUUAAGGAGAAGAAAAUUGGUGUUGUUGCACAUUUUUACAUGGACCCUGAAGUCCAAGGCAUCCUAACAGCUGCACAGAAGCAGUGGCCUCAUAUCCAUAUAUCUGAUUCCUUGGUGAUGGCAGAUUCUGCAGUGAAGAUGGCAAAUUCUGGAUGCCAGUUCAUAACUGUUCUGGGAGUAGAUUUCAUGUCAGAAAAUGUUCGUGCCAUACUUGAUCAAGCUGGUUUUGCAGAGGUCGGUGUGUACAGGAUGUCAGAUGAACGUAUCGGCUGUUCAUUAGCAGAUGCUGCUUCCUCUCCUGCUUACACAAAUUAUUUGGAGGGAGCUUCUCAGUCUCCACCAUCUUUGCAUGUUGUCUACAUCAAUACUUCCCUGGAAACAAAAGCUUUUGCCCAUGAGCUUGUGCCCACAAUUACAUGUACUUCCUCAAAUGUUGUUCAAACUAUUCUGCAGGCUUUUGCUCAAGUGCCAGAUUUGACUGUUUGGUAUGGACCCGAUUCUUAUAUGGGUGCAAAUAUUAAGGAGUUGUUCCAGCAGAUGACUAUGAUGACUGAUGAGGAAAUUCAUGAAAUCCACCCUGGACACAGUAGAUCAUCAAUUAGGUCGUUGCUGCCUCGCCUGCACUAUUUCCAGGAGGGAACAUGCAUUGUACAUCACCUUUUUGGGCAUGAAGUUGUUGAGAAGAUAAAUGAAAUGUAUUGUGAUGCUUUCCUGACUGCUCAUUUUGAGGUCCCUGGGGAAAUGUUCUCUCUUGCAAUGGAAGCUAAGAGAAGAGGAAUGGGGGUAGUUGGUUCCACCCAAAAUAUAUUGGAUUUCAUUAAACAGAGGGUUCAAGAGGCCUUGGAUAGAAAGGUCAAUGACCACCUUCAAUUUGUCUUGGGAACAGAAUCGGGAAUGGUGACUUCAAUUGUUGCAGCUGUUCGGAAUCUCUUGGCUUCUGUAGAGUCUUCUGCAGGUGGACCAAAGAUUAACGUGGAGAUUGUUUUUCCAGUAUCUUCAGAAUCAAUCACUGGAACAUCAACAAAUGGAUCCCCUCCCAUGAGUUCAGUCAAAAUGGGUGAUGUCGUGUUACCUGUCAUUCCUGGAGUUGCAAGUGGUGAAGGCUGUUCUAUACAUGGUGGCUGUGCAUCUUGUCCGUAUAUGAAGAUGAAUUCUCUGACCUCACUUUUGAAUGUUUGCCACAACUUGCCCGAUGAUAAGAAUGCCCUUUCAGCCUUUAGGGCUGAGCGAUUCAAGUCACGAACACCUAAUGGGAAGGCCAUUGCAGAAGUUGGAUGCGAGCCGAUUUUGCACAUGAGACAUUUCCAGGCUACAAAGAAACUGCCCGAGGAGCUUGUCCAUCAAAUACUUGAUCCUGAGAGUAAUGGGAUGGUAGCAUCGUGAGAUUAGGGAAGGCCAUGAUUGGAGAAUUCUGGUGUCCCUGCCCAGUGGAUGUCUCGGAACGGGAUGGUAUCUUGAAAAGCGGUUAGAAAUGGGUACUGGAUUAGAGCCGGUGGCUUUUUCAGUUGGAAGUUUUGUCUAAUCUCUAUGCUGGGGAAGAUCCUGCUAGAAUUUUGGUA